UCUCUCUCAUGCAAUGCAAAUGCAACCUGUCUUAUAGAGAGAGAAAGAAGAGAGAAGAGGAGAGAGAGAGGGUGCAGCAAGACUUGCAGGUGCCCAUAAAAGAGGUCACCAAUGGCAAUGGAGUGAGCUUGCUGCUGCACCUGCAUUCACACCACCAAAUGCAGAAAAGAUAAUCUCCUUUCUCUCUCUAUUAAACCCACACACACACACACACCAAGAAGGAAGGCAAGCAAGCACAGGGCAAACCAGAGCAUUGGAAAGCAAGAAGCAGAGCACAUCAAGAAGCAAGCAAAGCCAUGGCCGCCUCUCGGUGCUUCUUGCUUCUCCUGCUGCUGCUGCUAUCUCCCUUACUGGCGUCCGCUGGGGAGGAGGAGGAGGAGGCCGUGCUGGCCAUGGCGGCCAGGCUGCGGAGGCCGGCGGCGGCGUCGUUCCGGGAGGGGUACACGCAGCUGUUCGGCGACUCCAACCUCGCGCUCCAUGGCGACGGCAAGCGGGUCCGCAUCUCCCUCGAUGAGCGCACAGGCGCCGGAUUCGCGUCGCAGGAUGCGUAUCUGCAUGGCUUCUUCAGCGCCAGCAUCAAGCUGCCGCCCGAUUACGCCGCCGGUGUCGUCGUCGCCUUCUAUAUGUCGAAUGGCGAUGUGUAUGAGAAGACGCAUGAUGAGCUGGACUUUGAGUUCCUAGGGAACAUUAAGGGGAGGGAGUGGAGAGUGCAGACCAACGUGUAUGGCAAUGGCAGUACAUCGGUCGGCAGGGAGGAGAGGUAUGGCCUGUGGUUUGAUCCGACGGAGGAUUUCCAUCGUUACGCCAUUCUUUGGAGCCAUGACUGGAUCGUAUUCUACAUUGAUGAGACUCCAAUCCGGGAGGUUCAGAGGACCAAAUCCAUGGGAGUUCAGUUCCCUUCCAAACCGAUGUCGCUGUACGCCACAAUCUGGGAUGGCUCCAGCUGGGCUACCUCCGGUGGCCGGUACAAGGUGAACUACAAGUACGCCCCUUUCGUCGCAGAGUUUUCGGAACUCAUGCUCCAUGGCUGCGCUAUGGACACCUUGACCCGUGCACCGAUGUGCACACCGGACAUUGCCAACAUCCACAAUGCCGUGGCCAUGUCUGGUAGGCAGCGAUCGGCGAUGGAGAGGUUCAGGACGAAGUACAUGACUUACGGCUACUGCUAUGAUCGUCUUCGGUAUCCUACACCUCCAUCAGAGUGCAAUGUCGGCCCUGAGGCCGAGCUAUUCCUCCCCACGGGCGAGGCGAGGUCCAUCGACCGCCAUGGACGAGCUAGGCGCCACCGUCGUGGUCCAGCUGAUUCAGCAUUCUGAUCUUAGCUACAUUGUGUUGAUGUGGCAGCUAGCAUUCUGAUCAUCACAAUUGGCUCAGUGUGUGCUCACCUCCCUUAAUUUUGUGUGGCUUAUGUGAUGAUUUUGCUGAAUUUAUGUGGGUAGUGUUGUGCAUGAAUUGGUAGGCAACUUAGAUUGAUUUGCAUUUUGGUGAUGGUAGAAUUGAAUAGAGUUAGGUUAUUAAUUAUAUUGAUUAAGAUUAGCAUUUCAUUUAGGCUUGUUGAUUGUAGUCUGCUGAUUUUGUAGAACGUUUGUAUGACAAUAAUGCAUGGUGCCCAUGAUAUGAAAUGCAUAUAUAUGUAGUAGCA